AUGUGCGGAAGCUUAUCUUGUAGCCCGAUCCAUUCUGUGCUGGCAGUCUAUUUAAGUGGUGCUGUCAAAGCUCAUCUCCACAAAUAGUGUUCUUCCUUUACAUUCAGAAUGUCUUUUUGCUCCUUUUUUGAUGGCGAGGUCUAUAAAGACCAUUUCAAAACAGGUAUGUAUGUGUGUUCUCAGUGCAACAACCCGCUGUUCUCCAGCAGGUCUAAGUUCCCCCACUCCUCCCCGUGGCCUGCCUUCACUGAGACCAUCAAAGAGGACAGUGUCACCAAGAUGAUGGAGUCACUCACAGCCUUCAAGGUGCUUUGUGGGAAGUGUGGUAACGGACUGGGCCAUGAGUUUGUCAACGACGGUCCGGAGGAAGGCAUCUCACGAUUCUGAAUAUUCAGCAACUCGCUCAAGUUUGUCCCAAAUAAAGACAAACAGUAAGUCGAGUUGAGGAGCCCAAGCAGGUAGCUGUAGCCUCACACCACAUCCCUGUGUAAGGGACUGGUCAGUAUGUGACGUGGACAGGAACAAGGCCCAGGAGGGACACCCUGUACACUGAUGACUCUAUGACCAGCCUGGAAUACAGGGACAUUCUAGAGAAACAUUAUUUUUCACCAAGAUAGUUGUUCUAUAGACGUGGUAGUGUUUUUCAGUGCAUCACAGAUCUAAAAGCAUUCCUUGAAAACCUCUUAUAAUAAGCAUGCAGAUCUAGUUGAUCUUUAAGAUAUAGGUUACAUUAAGAUAUAGGUUACGUUAAGAUAUAGGUUACAUUAAGAUAUAGGUUACAUUAAGAUAUAGGUUACGUUAAGAUAUAGGUUACGUUAAGAUAUAGGUUACGUUAAGAUAUAGGUUACAUUAAGAUAUAGGUUACAUUAAGAUAUAGGUUACAUUAAGAUAUAGGUUACGUUAAGAUAUAGGUUACGUUAAGAUAUAGGUUACGUUAAGAUAUAGGUUACGUUAAGAUAUAGGUUACGUUAAGAUAUAGGUUACGUUAAGAUAUAGGUUACGUUAAGAUAUAGGUUACGUUAAGAUAUAGGUUACAUUAAGAUAUAGGUUACAUUAAGAUAUAGGUUACAUUAAGAUAUAGGUUACGUUAAGAUAUAGGUUACGUUAAGAUAUAGGUUACGUUAAGAUAUAGGUUACGUUAAGAUAUAGGUUACGUUAAGAUAUAGGUUACAUUAAGAUAUAGGUUACGUUAAGAUAUAGGUUACGUUAAGAUAUAGGUUACGUUAAGAUAUAAGCCUAUUGUGGAUUAUAUGCUUUUUAUGCUAAUCUGCAUUCCAUUGCUUUGUAGCAGUUCAAGCAUGUGAAGCAAUUAGAGUUUUUUUUGUUGUAUUUAGUUAUUUGAUUAUUUAUUUGAUUAUACAUACCAUGUAUUCUGUAAGGAGGUGACACAGUUGGUGCAAGGUGUCAUGUUCUUGAAAAAAACUCUCACUGCAAUUUACCCAAAGACAUACGCAGGCUUUGCUAUCACAUCUAUGCAUUUGAUGUGCAUGUAUACAACUCAUUGAAAUAUCACUUCCUUAUAUUAUGUAGAUAAAUAUUGAACAAUUAGCUGAAUUUCGGUUGUAUUGACCAUUUGUGAUUUAACAUUGCUACAGUAUAUUUGCACAUUGAGCCAUGUGAAAUGGCAUACUUGAAUUGACGAGCAUGAUUGCUUAUUAUUUAUAUGAUCUCGUAUGUCAUUUAUGACUUGGAGUCUUCUGUUGUGUGAUUCCCAUGACAUUCUUUUCAUUAAUACACGUUCUAACUGGCAAUGCAAAUGGAAUAAACAAUGAUUUUUCUGGUAUUAAUAUAAUUGCACUGAUGAAAUGCAGAUGCUUUGUUUAUCGGUCAUGAUUCUAUUAUACUGAUAACAAUAAAUGACUAUAAUUUACUAAAA